UACUCCUCCUGCAGAGCCGCUUAUUUCGCUCGUACAGUAGUUACCGUCCGACGCGCUCACGGAAGGUGAUAUGUCCGCGCGUCAGCUCUGCCACGCGCAGCGCACUUACCUCAGAUCUAGAUUUACAUCGGAAUAAGCCGGGCGAUUUGAGUCGACCGGCAAAGGUAAGAACGUCAUGCUUUAACGAUUUGCUACGCAGCCUUCGAGGUACCGAGAUGGUCAACUUACUCCGCACUGCCUGCAUAUACCACUCUCCUUCCCACACCCUCUCUUUGUCCUUCCCAAACUAGGCGCUGCCGCUAACGCCAGGACACUGCAACAAUGAACUGCCCGUCUCGGACAGAGCCCGAGGUUCCAGAUGCAUACAACCAGAGUCCUAAUGCGCUGUCUGCGGACCUCACCACACGAAGCGACCUGGGAAGAAUAGCGAGCGCUCGAUUAAGAACAGACCAUCGUUUAAGUAAUUCGGAAACGGUGGAUUUGGAAUUCGUGGAAACUUGCGAACCCACUGAAAGCGAAGGGAAACGACCGCGUAUAAGCGACAAUGGCGAUGGGAUGGGCUGUGAGACUGGCGAAGACAUGUUGGCGGAGACGCUUGGCACAGCACCCCACCGGCAACACCAUGGCCCAUCCAAGCCGCCGCAGAGUUCCUGGCUGCGUUGGUCGCACCGCAUACGCUCAAUCCUGGUGCGGUAUGCCAAAUUCGUCGGGCCGGGCUUCAUGAUAUCCGUGGCCUAUAUCGAUCCUGGCAACUAUGCGACCGACGUUGCUGCGGGCGCCAGUUACCGCUUCAAGCUGCUUUUCAUGGUCCUCCUCAGCAACCUCUUCGCCAUCUACCUGCAGUCUCUGUGUAUCAAGCUCGGUUCAGUCACCGGCCUGAACUUGGCGGAAAUGUGCAAGGCUCACCUACCAUGUUGGCUCAACUACACUCUUUACGUAUUUGCGGAAGCCGCCAUCAUCGCCACAGACAUUGCUGAGGUGAUUGGCACGGCGAUAGCGCUGAACCUGCUCUCAAACGGCAAGUUGCCACUAGUGGCUGGCUGCGCUAUCUCCAUCGUCGACGUUCUUUUCAUACUCUUGUUCUACCGGCCAAACGACGGCAGCAUGCGGGCUUUGCGCGCUUUCGAGAUCUUUGUCAUGCUCCUCGUACUGGGCGUGGUCGUCUGCUUCUGCGUUCAACUUUCGCUCAUUCGAGACACCAGCGUUGUCGAAGUCUUCCGAGGCUACCUACCGUCUUCAGCUCUGGUGCAAGGCCAAGGCUUAUAUCAAGCCUGCGGCAUCCUCGGCGCAACCGUGAUGCCACACUCGCUCUAUCUCGGCAGCGGCAUCAUCCAAGCGCGCCUCAAAGAGUUCGACCAGCAGCACAAAGCCUGGCAUCCGUCACAACAGCAAGUACUCUCGGACUCGGACUCCGCCUCCGAGGAAGAGAAAUACCGGCCUUCCCUCUCCGCGAUCAAGUCCUGCAUGUCCUACUCCAUCGUCGAGCUAGCCUUCAGCCUCUUCGCCUUCGCCCUCUUCGUCAACUCCGCCAUCCUCAUUGUAGCCGGCGCUUCACUCUCCGACCUCCCUUCCGCGUCGGAUGCAGACCUCUUCGGAAUCUACCAUCUCCUCUCCACCUCACUCGCGCCAGCCGCGGGAACCAUCUUCGCCCUCGCCCUACUACUGUCGGGCAUGAGCGCCGGUAUUGUCUGCACGAUCGCUGGCCAGAUGGUGAGUGAAGGCCAACUGAGCCUGAACGUGAAGCCCUGGGUGCGGAGACUGAUCACGCGUUCGAUCUCGAUCACGCCUUCCAUCAUCAUCGCGGGCGCGGUGGGACAACAGGGACUCUCACGGGCGCUAGAGGCGAGCCAGGUGGCGUUAAGUGUGAUUUUGCCUUUUGUUUCCGCGCCGCUGAUUUACUUUACAUGUCGGAAUAAGUAUAUGACUGUUAGCGUUCAGCGGAGUGAUAUCGGUCAUGGCGUUUUUGAGAAUGAUGAUGGGACACGACGGCAUGACGGCGCUGCGGAGCGGCACAACCGUCCUGAGGGAGGGUAUGGCGUCGUUCAGAUGCGGAAUCAUUGGGUCACCGCCAUUUUUGCUGUGCUUAUCUGGGGCGUUAUUGUGAUAAUGAAUGUGGCGCUUUUGGUGCUGCUCGGGUUGGGCGUGCAAUAAGCGAAUCUGCAUCUGUCACGGAACCAAAGGAGGCUCAACAGCUAGUAGCCGAGCGAAGUGGUCUGAUGUCGAGAUGAACUGCUCAGUGAGUGCUAGACGCAUAUCUUACUUGGCGCAGAGAGCUACGCGU